UGGCAUCUUUCACUCGACAGGUGUGACAUAGCGAAAGCAAGACAAAAGGAUGGGCCACGUCUUGUUGGUGACCACUGCCCUAUCCUUUGAUAGGUACAAAGUCCAACACGCGAUCUUUGGCGGACACUUGAUCUAUGGACCUGCUCGAUCGAGACGAAGUAAAGCGCCGGCUCAUUGGCGUGUGCAGGGAGCUGAUGGCGCUCAUGGAUGGCAGCUACGGACCGCUGGGAAGGGCGCAGCUAUUGCAGGCGAACGCGCGGUGUCCCGACGCGCUCACAACCACUUCCGUCGCCGAACGAUACUUUUCCAGCCUCAAGUAAGUAAGACGGAGCAGACGCCGGAAAUAUUUGGAUCUAGGUGCGCCCAUGAAGAGGGUUGGCUGGCAAUGCCUGUUGGUGGAUAAACACCCGACAGAGAAGUUGAUGAGGAGAGGAAGCGCUGACAAGAAAUGUUGUCCGUGGCGUGCAGCAUUGGAGACUGUCCGAUCACCAACGCUUACCUUCAUAUAUUGAAGAGCAAGGUGUAGUUCAGCUAGGACUCUGUGCUUGGAUGUAGCGAAAGCAUAUUUGUACUAACGCUUGUGACUUUGCUGCGCGUGGCGGAUAGAUUCGGAACCAUGCCGAUUCAGGGUUCUUUCUGGCGGGAUUGAGCGCGAGGUGAGACCUCAGCAUUGAAAGUGUUGUUUAUAGAAAUCAUUGACGUUUUUUCGCUGGGUUGGGUAUAGCCUUCAGCUUGAAAUCCAGGAAGGUAGUCUUGAACAUAUUCCCCACCGUGUAGUCAGUAAAGGUGAGCACAUUAAACUUUUAGAGUAAAAAAGAUUGGCUUGUAAUGCAGUUAACGAUGAUCUUGCAAAAUACAGGACUACACCUGGCGCUGGAUUGGAGCCUGCAGUACCUGGAAGAUCCGAGGUGCCCUGUGCGUGUGGCGGUGAAUUGGAGCUCGGCAGCUUCGAUUUCCGCCGUGAUUCGAGGCAUCAUAUCGUCCAAGUCGAUUACUGGGCUAGAUGAGGAAACCACGGAAGCGGUAGUUAUCCCUCUUAUUAUUCAAGCGUUUGUGAGUGUGUUUGGGUAUGUUGUAGAACACCCGAGCGAGAGUGUUCCUGUGCAGCUUCUGUUCGCCCCCGGCCAAGCGUCCAUCGCUAAAUCUGAAGUUUGGAAGCAAACGGUUCUCCUCGAUCUCCCGUGGCCUUGUCGUGGAAGACCUCAAGGUGUCAAGCGGAGCGCCCUGUCCCCUCCAAUCUGCAAUGUACGUGUUGCCUUGUUCAACAUCACUAUCGAGCCGCUGGCCGAGUUUGAGGAAGCGGAAACGAGUAGCAAUACAAGGAUAUAUCACGCGGACUCAACGGAUGCCUUCCGUCUGAAAGCACUCCGGCAAGUUGGAGACCGAUUAGAUCGGCUAGGUGCCACUGCUGUUCUCUCGCAAAAAAUCGUUCCAAAGUACCUGCAGACGUACCUGGCCACCAAGGGUAUCUUCACGCUUGAUCGACUCUCCGCUGCGUAUAUCCGAAACGUACAAAUGCUGAGUGGAGCCACUAUCCUCAGUGACUGGAGAAUCGAUGACAGCAUCGUUAGCAGUUCGCUCGGUGCCUUAUCUCUCAUUACCACGCAAACUCUCGGCAACAAGCAAUUUAUCCGUCUGCACCGCGAGGGCACCGUUGUGGACAGUGAAAAUGCGCAUCCCGUAACAACAAUCGCGAUCACAGCACCGGACCGAUUCGCGUUUGAUGAGCUUAAUCACGUGGUUACUACGUCCGUCAAAAUGCUGGCAAGCUUGAUCGAUAAUCCGGACGUCGUAGCUGGCGCUGGAUGUGUAGAGAUCCACCUAGCAGCAUUGCUGCGCGAUCGCGCUAAACAACUACGAAACCCUGGUCCAAUUUCGAACGGAACAGUGCCCAGAGGUACCCAAACCGACAACAAAGCAGCACGAACACUACGUCAAAUGAGCCAAACCAUCACCACCUUUGCUAAUUGCCUGGAGGAUAUGGCUGGGCGAUUAUGUGGUAGUCAUGCUUCUGCAACUGACCGCGAAGUGAUGAUCGAGCAGAUACGCCAUGCAAACAACGAGUCCCUGUUGGCAACGACGACUCUACCAUGUCAAAAUGGUUUAUCCGAGCGCAAGAGCUAUGACCUCUAUGGUUGGGAUCCGAGGAAGCGCUCCACGAUGCAAGUUUUAUCGUACACAAUUCAGAGCGACGAAGAGAAGAUCGCAUCUGAAGCUCGUAUCCUAGACACCCUACAGUCGAAGAAAGAUGCAUUAACACUGGUCAUCGAGAGUGUGUCCUCGCUCGCUCGUAUUGCAUCCGUUGUCCGAGUUUCUUGACAGCAAGUAGCGAUGGUCAUCUUUUUCUAUCUAUUCAGCAAUUAUUUGCCUAAGUUUUAGUAGAAUUGCUGGUCGGCGUCAUAUCCAGACAGAUCUCCACUUGCGAGGAACGGCACUAAGAGCGGGUCGUGCUUUUCGCCUUCCUCGAGUCCGUACCGCGGGAGCAGAUAGGAUGUCAUCACAGGAGUGUAGUUCUCGGGUAGUCGGAAGCCCUGGCACACUACGAAGGCCUCGUUACUCUGCGCGCGACUGCUCAUGGGUUUGGAGCACGACACGCUCUCGAAGAAGACGCUGAGCUGCGUAGCCAGCAGAUCGUAUUGCUCGCAGCGAAAGAUCUUAGCCACGAACGACCCUCCCUCCUCCAGCACGUGCGUGGUGAUGUUGAGAGCGGCGGCCAGCAGCUCAGCCUGCACGAACUCGUCAAUAUCGUGCACGCCGGUGACGUCAGGUGCACCAUCACUCACCACCACUUGGGC